AUGGUUAAGUUAUGGAGGGGGCCAUGUGAGGGGGGGACAGGGAUGAUUUGGUCACAGCUGGAAAUAGAAAGAGGGGAUGGUGGCAUUUGUUGGCGUGGUUACCCUUCUUUAUGCGAAAUUACUCUUCUGCUCUUCUCUCUUUCUUCUAACAAAAUUCCACAAAUGCAUGAUUAUGUGAGGUAA